AUGUUCCGCACGCGGCUGCUACGGAUGCCCCGGCAGGCAUUGGGCCUGAACCUGCGCGCAUCCGCCGCCAAUGGCUCCAGCUUCAACAAGAUCAACGCCGCACGAGGCCUGCACUCGGUGCCCGCGCUGCCUCACGACUACUCCGAGGGCGUGCCCAACCUGAUGAGCCCUGGAGGCUUCUCGCUUGCUUGGACAGACUACAUGACCGUCACGGUGGACAAGCUCAACGCCAUGAUUGCCGGCACCGAGCUCGAAACCCACGACGUCAAGACCAUCCUCCUCAUGACGGCCCGCGAACCCAGCCAAGCCCCCAUCUUCAACCACGCCUCCAUGGCCCACAACAACCACUUCUUCUUCCAGGGCAUCGCCCCCCAAGGCACCCCCAUGCCGGACGAGCUGCGCCGCGAGCUCGAGGCCUCCUUCUCCUCCAUCGAGUCCCUCCGCCUCGAGUUCAUCGUCACGGCCUCCGCCAUGUUCGGCCCCGGAUUCGUCUGGCUCGUCAAGGCCGGCCCCGGCGACUACCGCCUGCUGCCGACCUACCUCGCCGGCUCGCCUUACCCGGGCGCCCACUGGCGCAUGCAGUCCACUGAUAUGAACACCGUUGGUAAUGAUGGCUCUGCGCGCUCGUAUCUUAGGAACCAGAGCCUCGGCGCUAGGAGGAGAGUCGGCGACUUGCCACCGGGAGGUAUUGAGCUGGAGCCGCUUCUGUGUCUCAACACUUGGGAGCACGCUUGGUUGCUGGACUGGGGUAUGGGCGUGGAUGGAAAGGGCGGCAAGGCUGCCUAUGUCGAUGCUUGGUGGAAGCUGAUUGACUGGGAAAAGGUCCACCAGAGGUCUGGCGUGCUGCGCCCCGAGUACAUGUCAGAGACAUCCCCAUGA